CUUUUGCCUGGGCGCGUGUACGUUCCAGGAUGCAGCAGGACGUCCUAAUCGAUCUCUGAGGAACUGGGACGGGCUGUGGAAGAACAACAAUGUUUCGCAACCAGUACGAUAACGAUGUCACAGUUUGGAGUCCUCAGGGGCGUAUUCACCAGAUUGAGUACGCAAUGGAGGCGGUAAAACAAGGUUCAGCUACUGUGGGCCUUAAGUCUCAGACCCAUGCAGUCCUGGUGGCCCUUAAGAGGGCGCAAUCAGAGCUGGCAGCUCACCAGAAGAAAAUCCUCCAUGUUGACAACCAUGUGGGCAUCUCCAUUGCAGGCCUCACUGCAGAUGCCAGACUCCUCUGUAACUUCAUGCGUCAGGAGUGCCUUGAUUCCAGGUUCGUGUUUGACCGGCCUCUUCCUGUUUCCCGCCUGGUCUCUCUGAUCGGAAGUAAAACCCAGAUUCCCACACAAAGGUAUGGAAGGCGACCAUAUGGUGUUGGUCUGCUUAUUGCUGGAUAUGAUGAUAUGGGACCGCACAUUUUUCAGACUUGUCCCUCAGCAAACUACUUUGACUGUAAGGCCAUGUCUAUUGGUGCCCGUUCACAGUCUGCACGGACCUACCUGGAACGGAGCAUGGAAAGCUUCCCAGACUGUGAACUGAAUGAGCUGGUUCGGCACGGUCUGCGUGCUUUGAGAGAGACCCUUCCUUCAGAGCAAGACCUCACAACAAAGAAUGUGUCCAUUGGGAUUGUCGGGAAAGAUAUGGAGUUCAUCAUUUAUGAUGAUGACGAUGUUGCGCCAUUCCUCGAAGGACUGGAAGAGAGACCCCAGAGAAGGGUGACCCAACCAGCCGACGAGCCUGCAGUGGAGAAGCCCGAUGAGCCAAUGGAACACUGAGAUGAGCGAGUCCAUGUCACAGUAAUGCAAAGCUCUUAACCUUGAAUCCACCUCCUGUGAAUCAAAUUUCAUGACUGAUAUUUCUAAAACUACAGUCCUGCUCUCAUUCACUGGUUCUACUUCAACAAAAAAAUCAGAGAAGUUAUAAUACCUCAGAUGCAUGUUUUUCCCCCUUUGAAGACUUGUUUUUGUUUUAUACAAAGCGCAGUUUAAGUUAAAAUA